GCCAUCUUGGGACGUAUGGGAACACUUGCGCGUGGGUCAUGUAUCGAUACUCGGUUAUUCCGUUAUCUUCAAAGUGGCUCAAAGUUAUGCGUUCGGUGAAAGCGUGUUUAUAACCUCACUUUAUAGCUAGUUUCUUUAAGUUGUGUCAAGCAUGUCACCGAUGCGUGAUAUAGUGAGGGAGUCCAGCGGGGAUUCUGGUUCAGAAUCUGAAAGUGGAUCUGGAUCAUCCGCGUCAAGUCGCAGUGUUAGUCCUGCAUCUCAUGCACCUGUUCCUACACCAAGAGAAUCUAGAAGUGAUAGGUCCAAUGAGGAUAAUGAUGGUCCACGUUCUCCAACUUCUAAUGCAAGUCGUUCGAGGUCUGGAAGUAGAUCUCCUAGUGCGAACAAGUCAAAUGCUAGUCCCAGAUCGCAGCGGUCUCCUAGCAGAUCUCCUGCUAGAUCAGAAUCAAGGCAUUCGAGUCCUGACUCUCCAAGGAGUAACAAAUCUGAUUCACAGAGGUCAAGAAGUGGCUCUCCACAGACGGCUCGUUCUCCAAGUGCAGGAUCUCAAAAAUCUGUCCGAUCGAGAUCUGGUUCUCCUCAAGAAAGUGUGAGAUCGGAAAGUCCAAAAUCUCCAGCUAGUCUUAAAUCAGCUAGGUCUAAGUCACUGUCUCCUGGUCGGAAGUCGAAAACUCCUGGGUCCCCUGCAUCCAAUGCAUCUGGUUAUGGCUCUCCGAAAAGUCACAGAUCUGGCAGUCCUGCUUCUCCACGUAGUUACAAGUCAGGCUCUCCAAAGAGCAGACGCUCGGGUAGCCAGACAUCGCGUACAAGUAGACACUCAGCUUCUCCUAGGUCUCCAACAUCUCCUAGAUCUCCUAAAAGUAAUAGGUCUCACAGUGGCUCCCCAGUAAGUAGAAGAUCUGGAAGUGAAUCAAGAAGAAGCCGUGUAUCUCGAUCCAGGACUCCAGCGAGUCCAAAAACAGAUGGAAGUCCUCGAUCGAAAAAAUCACAAAGUCCUAAGGAGGCUAAGAGUGACAACGAGUCGGAGAAAUCGCUUAAAAUUGCGGCCGACGAAAAGUUAAAAAAAUCAGAGGACAGCGAUACGGAAGUAUCGAAACGUAAACAUGAUGACAGCGGUUCCGGUUCGGAAUCUGAGAAAAUAACAAAAAAGAAAAGAGCUUUAAUAGAUUCUGACUCAGAUGACGAGAACGUCGUCAAGGAUAAGAACGAAGGUGCAGAACCCACUGCAGACGCUUUGUUCGGCGACGCCAGCGACAUCAGUACGGAUGAAGAGAAGGAAAAACCGGACGAAGAGGUAGGCCAGAAAAGCAGAAGCAAAAGUAGAAGUAGAAGUAGAAGUAGAAGCCGUAGUAGAAGCCGCAGCAGAAGUCGUAGCAGAAGCCGAAGUAGGAGUCGAGGAAGAUCCGAUAGUGGUGGAGAAGGACCCAGCCACGUAGCAGUCAUUGAUGAUGACGACGAAAAGGAAAAGGAGGAAGAACCAGAACCUCCACCAGAGACAAGAAUCGACGUUGAAAUCCCAAAAAUCACAACCGACCUCGGUCGUGAAAUUCAUUUUGUUAAGUUACCAAAUUUCUUAUCAGUCGAAACCAGACCGUUCGACCACGAGACCUAUGAGGAUGAGAUCGACGAGGAAGAAACUUUAGACGAAGAAGGUCGAGCGAGGUUAAAGUUAAAAGUCGAAAACACAAUCAGGUGGAAGGAAGUCUUCGACGACAGCGGAAGGGUCGUGAAAGAAAGUAACGCCCGAUUCGUUAGAUGGUCAGACGGCAGUAUGUCCUUACAUUUGGGAUCAGAAAUCUUUGACGUAUACAAACAGCCUCUACAGGGUGACCACAAUCACCUUUACAUUCGUCAAGGAACCGGUCUUCAGGGUCAAGCAGUAUUCCGUACAAAGUUAACCUUUAGGCCACAUUCGACCGAGUCCUUCACUCAUAGAAAGAUGACGAUGUCCCUUGCAGACAGGUCACAAAAAGCUUCAGGCAUCAAGGUGCUUUCACAAGUGGGCAUGAAUCCAGAUCAAAACAGAUAUGAAAUGAUCAAGAAAGAAGAAGAGAAGCUGCGUAUGGCCAUGCGUGUUCAAAGUAAAAGUAAAAAAGCCAGUGGUGGGGGUAGAGGUUCUGGACGAGCCUCCGGCGGAUACGGAGCUGAUGCAUAUCACGAUGACGGCUCUGACGACGAGGGUGCCAUUUCCCUUGCAGCAAUUAAGAACAAGUACAAAAAGGGUGCGGCUGCCACGACAAAAGCUUCGAAUAUUUAUUCUUCGGACGAGGAAGGCUCAGACUUCGAAGCCACUAGACACAAGAACGUCAAGGGGAAGGUGCUAAAGGAUUCCGACGAGGAUUCCAAUUCGGCAUCCGAAAGCGUGUCAGAAAGUACUGGGGAAGUUGAUGAAGCUGCAGAUCCAGCUAGCGAUUAAGUACACUAGGCAUUGUUUUUUAAUAGAAUUAUUUCUUCUAACAUAGAUGGGAAUGCGAUUAUGCCAAAUGUAAAAGAAUGAAAAAGAUUCAGUAAGCAUUGGCAUCCUGAAUGUAAAUUCGUUACCCAAUAAAGCAAAUGACUGUGAAAAGUUUAGUGAAUCAUGA